AUGUCGGGCUACCAAGGAGGUGGUGGCGGAGGCCAUCACGACUACAACGAUGGAUACGGUCAGAAUCAUGAUUCUUACUACCAAGAUAACCAGAAUGGCAAUUAUCAUGACAAUGGCUAUGACGCCCACGGUGGACAGCAGCAACAGCAUGCGAACGGGAACGAUGGUUACUAUGACGAAUCUGGUUACUACAAUGCCGACCCGAACAACCCCUAUGCCGCAGAAGGCGGCUAUUACGAUAACCAUGAUAACUACCAAGGGGAAUAUUAUGACGAUGGCCAUGGUGGAUACUACGACAACUAUGGCCAAGGUGGUAAUGGUGGACGUCGAGGCGAGUCCGAAGAAGAUUCCGAGACCUUUAGCGACUUCACCAUGAGAUCGGAUAUGGCUCGUGCCGCGGAGAUGGACUACUAUGGCCGCGGCGACGAGAGGUACAGUGGCUACGAACAAGGUAGAGGAUAUAGGCCGCCUUCUUCUCAGGUCUCAUACGGUGGUAACCGUUCAUCCGGCGCUUCUACACCCAACUACGGAAUGGACUAUGGCAAUAUGCCUGGCAGUCAAAGAUCCCGAGAGCCCUAUCCCGCUUGGACCUCCGAUGCGCAAAUUCCCUUAUCUAAGGAGGAAGUUGAGGACAUUUUCUUGGAUCUUGCCAACAAAUUUGGAUUCCAGCGUGAUAGCAUGCGAAAUAUGUACGAUCAUCUUAUGGUUCUACUCGACUCGAGGGCAUCUCGAAUGACACCUAACCAAGCCUUAUUGUCUCUCCACGCUGACUAUAUUGGCGGCGACAAUGCCAACUACCGGAAGUGGUACUUCGCUGCCCACUUAGAUCUGGAUGACGCUGUUGGCUUUGCGAACAUGAGUGGCAAGAAGAACAAGAAGAAGUCUAAGGGCAAAAACAAUGACCAAAACGAAGAACAAGCGCUCGAGGACUUGGAAGGUGAUGACAGCUUGGAGGCAGCCGAAUAUAGGUGGAAAACCCGUAUGAACCGCAUGUCUCAACAUGACCGAGUCCGCCAGAUUGCCUUAUACCUACUUUGCUGGGGUGAAGCAAACCAAGUGCGUUUUAUGCCCGAGUGUCUCUGCUUCAUCUUCAAGUGCGCCGAUGACUACCUUAAUUCACCCGCCUGCCAGAAUCUUGUCGAACCUGUCGAGGAGGGUACAUAUUUGAACAACGUGAUUACGCCGCUGUACCGGUACUGCAGAGAUCAAGGGUACGAGAUCUCGGAUGGUGUCUACGUCCGUCGGGAGCGUGAUCACGAACAGAUUAUUGGCUACGACGAUUGCAACCAGCUUUUUUGGUACCCUGAGGGCAUUGAACGUAUAGUUCUCGAAGAUAAGAGCAAACUAGUCGAUGUCCCCCCAGCAGAACGUUACAUGAAGCUGAAGGAUGUCAACUGGAAGAAGUGCUUCUUCAAGACUUACAGAGAGACGCGUUCUUGGUUCCAUGUGAUUGUUAACUUCAAUCGUAUUUGGGUAAUGCACUUGACAAUGUUCUGGUUUUACACGGCCAACAAUGUUCCAACUCUUCUUGUGAAAGGCUACGAACAGCAAGUUAACCAACAACCUCCUUCCUCGGUACAAUGGUCUAUUGUGGGUGCUGGAGGUGCUCUUGCUUCUUUGAUCCAAAUCUUCGCCACUUGUGCCGAAUGGGCGUACGUCCCACGACGUUGGGCUGGUGCACAACAUCUUACUAAGAAGCUCAUAUUCCUGCUCGUUGUUUUCGCGAUCAAUCUUGGUCCUAGCGUAUACAUUUUUGGUUUCCCUGAUCAGCAGGAGACGGAACCCGCUAGAGUUCUAGGCAUAGUCCAGUUCUUUAUUGCGGUAGCCACCUUCAUAUUCUUCUCCGUCAUGCCUCUCGGUGGUCUUUUCGGUAGCUAUCUUACGAAGAACUCUCGUCGCUACGUCGCAAGCCAGACGUUUACCGCUAGUUGGCCGCAUCUCAAGGGCAAUGACAGGGCUCUGUCGUACUUUCUAUGGCUAGUUGUUUUCGGUGCCAAGUUCGGAGAAUCGUACAUCUACUUGAUUCUUUCUCUCCGUGACCCGAUUCGCUAUCUUCAGAUCAUGGAUGUUUCGAGCUGUGUAGGUGACUUCACGCUUGGACGAGAGCUUUGCAAAUACCAGCCAAUAGUAGUGAUGGUGUUGAUGACCCUCACCGAUCUGGUUCUCUUCUUUCUCGACACAUACAUGUGGUAUGUCUUGCUAAACGCAGUGUUCUCUAUCGCAAGAUCUUUCUACCUUGGGUCUUCAAUCUUAACUCCUUGGAGAAACGUUUUCUCGCGUCUUCCCAAGCGUAUCUAUUCCAAGGUCUUAGCUACUACUGAUAUGGAGAUCAAGUACAAGCCCAAGGUUCUCAUCUCUCAAAUUUGGAACGCCAUCGUUAUCUCCAUGUAUCGCGAGCAUUUGCUAGCCAUCGACCAUGUCCAAAAGCUGCUGUACCACCAGGUUCCCUCGGAGCAGGAAGGCAAGCGUACUUUACGUGCACCAACAUUCUUCGUUUCACAAGAGGAUCAUUCAUUCAAGACUGAAUUUUUCCCUACUUAUAGCGAAGCUGAGCGUCGUAUUUCCUUCUUCGCCCAGUCGUUGUCUAUGCCCAUUCCAGAGCCUGUGCCUGUGGACAAUAUGCCUACGUUCACCGUUUUGAUUCCUCACUAUGGUGAAAAGAUCCUCCUGACUCUCCGAGAAAUCAUUCGUGAAGAUGAGCCUUACUCCCGUGUUACUCAGCUUGAGUACCUUAAGCAACUUCACCCUCACGAAUGGGAUUGUUUCGUCAAGGAUACCAAGAUCCUCGCCGACGAAACUUCUCAAUUCAACGGCGAUGACGAAAAGGGAGAGAAAGAUACGGCCAAGAGCAAGAUUGAUGACCUGCCAUUCUACUGCAUCGGUUUCAAGUCUUCCGCUCCCGAGUACACGUUGCGGACGCGAAUAUGGGCAUCUCUUCGUUCGCAAACUCUUUACCGUACAAUUUCGGGUUUUAUGAACUACAGCCGCGCUAUUAAGUUGCUAUAUCGUGUCGAGAAUCCAGAAGUCGUUCAAAUGUUUGGUGGCAACUCUGAAAAGCUGGAGCGUGAGCUGGAACGAAUGGCUCGCCGCAAAUUCAAAAUCUGUGUUUCCAUGCAGCGUUACGCCAAAUUCAAGAAGGAGGAAAUGGAGAAUGCCGAGUUCUUGCUCAGAGCCUACCCUGACUUGCAAAUUGCCUAUCUUGAUGAGGAACCUCCCCUAGUCGAAGGUGAAGAACCGCGAAUCUAUUCUGCCCUGGUCGACGGUCACUCUGAAAUCAUGGAGAAUGGCAUGCGACGGCCUAAGUUCCGUAUUCAGCUCUCUGGCAAUCCUGUGCUAGGUGACGGCAAAUCCGACAACCAGAACCACUCGAUUAUCUUCUACCGCGGCGAAUAUAUACAGCUUAUCGAUGCUAAUCAAGAUAACUACCUGGAGGAAUGUCUCAAGAUUCGAUCGGUUCUGGCUGAGUUCGAGGAAAUGAAAUCUGACAAUGUCUCGCCUUAUACCCCUGGUGUUAAGACUGAAUCCGCAGCCCCCGUCGCCAUUCUCGGUGCCCGAGAGUACAUUUUCUCUGAGAAUAUUGGUAUUCUUGGUGAUAUUGCCGCUGGUAAGGAACAAACAUUCGGUACCCUCUUUGCCAGAACCUUAUCCCAGAUUGGUGGCAAGCUUCAUUACGGGCAUCCUGAUUUCCUCAACGGUAUCUUCAUGUGCACGCGUGGUGGUGUCUCUAAAGCUCAGAAGGGUCUGCAUCUAAACGAGGAUAUCUACGCCGGUAUGAAUGCUAUGCUCCGCGGUGGACGUAUCAAGCACUGCGAGUACUACCAAUGUGGCAAGGGUCGUGAUUUGGGUUUCGGUUCCAUUCUUAACUUCACUACGAAGAUCGGUACUGGUAUGGGUGAACAACUUCUCUCUCGAGAAUACUACUAUCUUGGUACACAGCUUCCUCUGGACCGCUUCCUGUCCUUUUACUACGCCCACGCUGGUUUCCACUUGAACAACAUUUUCAUCAUGUUAUCAGUCGAAUUUUUCAUGAUUGUCCUGAUCAACAUUGGCGCUCUCAGACACGAGACAAUACCGUGUGAAUACAAUGUGAAUGUCCCGAUUACGGAUCCAAUGUAUCCUACCGGAUGUCAAAACACGGAUGCCUUGAUGGACUGGAUCUACCGUUGCGUUAUCUCUAUCUUCGUUGUGUUCUUCUUGAACUUCAUACCUUUGAUAGUACAAGAGUUUACGGAACGUGGUAUCCUGCGUGCUGCGACUCGUCUAGGCAAGCAAUUCUGCUCUCUCUCCCCCUUCUUCGAAGUGUUUGUCUGCCAGAUUUACGCCAAUGCCGUCACACAGGACAUGUCUUUCGGCGGUGCUCGUUAUAUCGGAACUGGCCGUGGUUUCGCCACAGCGCGCAUCCCCUUCGGUGUUCUCUACUCUCGUUUUGCUGCUCCCUCAAUUUACUUCGGUGCCCGUUUGCUCAUGAUGUUGCUAUUUGCAACUUUGACUGUUUGGCAGGCUGCGCUGGUAUAUUUCUGGAUCUCCCUGGUGGCUCUUGUCAUCUCGCCCUUCCUCUACAACCCUCACCAAUUUUCAUGGAACGACUUCUUUAUCGAUUAUCGUGACUAUCUCCGCUGGCUGUCUCGUGGUAACUCCUUGAGUCACGCGUCCUCGUGGAUAUCUUUCUGCCGUCUCUCCCGUACAAGAGUUGUCGGUUAUAAGCGCAAGGUUCUAGGCAAACCAUCUGGCAAACUGUCAGCGGACGUACCUCGUGCUGCAAUCACUAAUGUGUUCUUCGGAGAGAUUUUUGCUCCUCUUGUUCUUGUAGGACUAACCGGAAUCCCGUAUCUUUUCAUCAACGCGCAGACUGGGGUCCACGCCCAUCAGGCCAAGGUUGACCCAACUGCAUCUCUACUUCGUCUUGCUCUCGUGGCUCUUGCUCCUAUCGGUAUCAACGCUGGUGUACUUGGUGUCAUGUUCGCUAUGGCCUGCUGUAUGGGACCGCUUUUGAGCAUGUGCUGCAAGAGGUUUGGUAGCGUGCUAGCUGCCAUAGCUCAUGCGUUAGCCGCCAUUUUCCUCCUCGUGUUCUUCGAAGUCAUGUUCUUCCUCGAAGGCUUCGAUUUCACGAAAACGCUCCUGGGAAUGAUUGCCGUCGCCGCGAUUCAGCGAUUUGUCCUGAAACUUAUUAUUUCACUGGCACUCACACGUGAAUUCAAGACGGACCAGUCCAAUAUUGCGUUCUGGACGGGCAAAUGGUACUCUAUGGGCUGGCACUCGGUUUCCCAGCCGGCACGUGAAUUCCUUUGCAAGAUUACGGAGUUAAGCAUGUUUGCCGCCGACUUCGUCUUGGGCCAUUUCAUUCUAUUCAUGAUGUUCCCUGUCAUCUUGAUUCCGAAGGUCGAUAUGUUGCACUCAAUGAUGCUCUUCUGGCUGCGGCCGAGUCGUCAAAUCCGCCCGCCCAUCUACUCAAUGAAGCAGUCCAAGCUCAGGAGGAGACGUGUUAUUCGCUACGCUAUGCUGUACUUUACUCUGCUUAUUGUCUUCCUAGCCUUGAUGAUUGGACCAGCUGUAGGAGGCAAGCAGAUUGGAAAUACGUUGAACAGCAGUCUAAAGAAUCUUCCAAUCCCAAUUCUGCAGCCAGCCGGCCAGGAUCACGACGACACCCGGAACCGUACCGAGACGGGUACAGGUAGCCCAGGAUACUCAGGGCCUGGUCUAGCAUCGAUGACAAAGACAGCGACGGCGGCCAGUUCAAAGCAAACAGACAACUCGGACUAA